GCUUCUCUUCCACUAGUACUCCGAUCCCCCCCACCACCACCAGCACUUCUCGUAUAUAUAUAUAUACUCUCUUGUGCAGCUAGCGGAAGCUCACAAGACCAAUAAUGCCCCAUCCGUUCAUGUAGCUAGGUAUAGCAGCAGCAUGAGCUUGGAAGCUCUCCGGUGACCAGCUAGACUCGUCCAUAUCUCCACCAUGGCCUCAACCUCACAGCCCGCCAUGGCCACAGCAGGGAGCGGUCAUGGCGACGAGCAGGUUCAGCGGCAGGCGACUUGGCCGGAGGAGGCAGACGGCGGUAGCCAGCCGCUGGUGAUGCCGGAGGACGGGUACCAGUGGAAGAAGUACGGCCAGAAGUUCAUCAAGAACAUCCAGAAAAUCAGGAGCUACUUCCGGUGCCGCGACAGGCGGUGCGGCGCCAAGAAGAAGGUGGAGUGGCAGCCGGGCGACCCCAGCCUCCGCGUCGUCUACGACGGCGCGCACCAGCACGGCUCCCCGUCGUCGUCGUCGUCGCACGGCGGCGGCGGCGGCCAGGACGGCGACGGCAACCGGUACGAGCUCAGCGCCCAGUACUUCGGCGGCGGGGCUCCCACGCCACAGGCGCGGUGAUCAGACCAGACCGAACAUCGGCGACGCACGGCAGCGCCAGACGGACGCAUGGCCGCGGUUGCAUGGCCGGCGGGGCGCCGCCGGCGCGACGCGGUCUACGGAUGGAUGGAUGGUUUAGGUGGCGGAUUAUCAUCCGUGGUCAACGUGAUUACAACGCAUACAUUGUUGCACUAGCUGGCUAGUUGAGCGGUCGCACUGCUGCGACUAGUAGUAGUUCCUCUACGAUUGGUUCAACUCCGUUUCCUGAGGCCGCGAGUGCAUUCACCAUUAAUUAGCAGUAACACCUGAGCCUGUCAGGCCAAAUGUAAUGCUACCAGCACAAGUGGAUCAGAUCGUUGAGUUUGACUUUUCAAA